CCGCUGUGCGGGGACCGGCGAUGAGCCGCCCCCGCUUUGCUGAGCAGCCGGGCGCGCACAAAUGCCACUCUGCGGGCGUUUGAACAAAGAUUUGAGGGUUGUAGCUACGCCCCAAACCGCGGGAUUUGUAUAAAAGCAAGUUCAGCUCUGCCGGUAGAUCUUCCUUAGCCUUCCUGGACUUCGUGAGGCAAGACUUUUAAGCUGUCCGUUAUGAUUUUGCGGAUGAAAAAGUUAAAAGAUAUCAGAGAGUUUUAUGAAUAGCCUGAUUGACAGACGUCUGAUUGCAAGACGUGAAUGGCUAUCGAAUAUCAGCAGAGGUGUGCUAAAGCUGGGACAGCGGAGUGGUGUCACUCAGCAUCAUGACAGGGCUAUAAAUUCUGCGGUAGAGGUUACGAGGUCAGACUGUUUAUCCUUAAAUACCUGAGCAUCCUGGUAAUGCACACUUGCGUUUGGCUGCAGUGGACUUGUAAUGUUGGCUCAGUUGUUAAUUUGUGGUUAGAAAGUUGCAAUGUGGGCAAAGUUACCUUCCAAGAGGGUUUGGGUUUGGUCUUGGGGUUUCUUUACUGCUUGAAAGGUAUGGAAACCCGGUAGUAGACUUAAAGCUAGUAGUUGCAGGAUAACACAACUAAAACUGGAGAGAAGGAAUACCUUGACUCUUGCUGUGGAUCACUUACUGUCUUGGGACCAAGGUUAUUCUAAUAUUUGUCUGUGUGUUGACAAAGGAAUCUGUAGAAAUUACUUCAGUGCCAUACAGAGUGCAAGUCCGUCGGGUAGCUUUGGAUGGAAGAGACCCCUCUAACCCUUUGAGAAGAGAAAAGAAACAAAUGCACUGUCAACUGGGACAAUACCUACACCCCAGAAAGACCCACUGCUGCAUGAGGUGUCAUGCAGGUACCUACAAGGCAAAAGACUGUGAUGGGCCUGACCAGGCAACUGUCUGUCUUCCAUGUGCCAGUGGCACAUUCACAGCUGUUGAUAACACCAUGUCUAAAUGCUUCCAGUGCAAACGCUGCCGUACAGCACUGCAGCAGAUAGUAGAGACCCCCUGCACCCCAAAGCAAGAUACUGUAUGUGGCUGUCAGAAGAAUCAGUAUCAGAUUGAUUCUGAGUCUGAAUACUUCCAGUGUAGGAACUGCAGCUCGUGUGCCGAUGGGAUUAUUGCCAGCUGUUCAAAGAACAAAGAUGCAAUUUGCAGGUGUAAGCCUCAGUUCUUCCUGUCACGUAGUAAUAUUUGCAAGCCUUGCAACAGCUGCACUGGAGAGGACUGCUUGCUGUGUCCUAGCCCAGUUGCUACCUCACCGACUACAUCUGGGCUGAAUGGAAACCUUGUACUUGGCACCCUUGUUGCAAUAUUUGGAGUUAUCUUCGUCCUCUGCAUUGCACGUAAAGUAGGGAAGCUGGUCCAGAAACAUAAGAAAGUGUCUUUCUCCUCCUGUGUUUCUUCAACCAAGGAGCCAGUAUCAGAGGUUGGGGAAGAAAGAAAUGAAAUUCCCACCCUUCGUCCAGAGUCCCAGAAAGAAACAGAAUUGCCAAUAAAUGCAAAACUGGGUUCACAGGAGUUUCCAGACUGUGUCAGACCUGCUAGGACGACACAACUUCCAGACACCCCUGCUAUUCUGUACACCGUGGUGGAUCACGUGCCGCCGUCGCGGUGGAAGGAGUUUGUGCGGCGCCUGGGCCUGAGCGACUGCGACCUGGAGCGGAUUGAGCUGGAGCACCGGCGCCUGCGAGACGCCCAGUACGAGAUGCUCCGGCUGUGGAAGCUGCACAUGGGCCGUGCUGCCACUGUGGAGCACAUCAGCUGUGUUCUCAACCAGAUGGAGCUCAGCGGCUGCAGCGACGCUGUUCAAGAAGCUUUGCUAAACCAGAACUCUCCUCAGCCUUGCAGCCUUCACAACCAUCUUUAAUCUAUUUCUGCUUUAGUUGCCUUUGAACAUUAAGGGGGGAUCAUAGCUCUUUUUCUUUCCUCAUAUCUCCCCAUCUUUGUAACACUUGUCAGCUGGUUUUGUUGGAGACAGCAGCAGGUUAUGCUGGAGGAAGGCUGAGGUUUGCUUCUUAACCACCACAUAGUUCAGCCUUUAAGCCACGGCAGACCUCUGCAACACCUCCUCUCCCAAGGAGGGGAAGCACCUCCUCGAGGAAGUGGUGUGUCAACUCUGACCAAGAUGCAAAUAGGAGCUCUGAGUGACUUGAUCAUAGAUCAGCUUCUAUGGGCAAGUUGUUGCUGAAACAGGUGCUCCACACAUCGUGUGGUGCGUAAACUUGUUGGGUGCUUUGGUUAAGCUGACUGUUCAGAUGCUAAAGUACUCACUCACUUCUUGCAGAUCUAUUUUUCUGUGAGAUCAACCAGUUGAAGUGGCUCAUAUUGCAGCCUUUUGAUUGCUAAAUCUGACUCAGAGGAAGUGGUGGGAGGAUGUGCCUAUUUCUGGGAGCGGGAGAGGAUUGCCCCCUCUCGGUGUCAACCAGUAGCAACUAGUUGGUAUUGCUGUAGCACAAGUCUUCUGGAGAUUCAGAACUGGUUCUUUCUCUGUGAGAAACAGGAGGACAUUGUCCUUUCCACACCAUGUCCCUCAGGCUCCAGAGGAGUAAGAAUUCCAAGCCAGUGAGUCAGAUGAGAGGGUUGGUGCUUUUUCCUCAAGGUUUUUUUCUUCUGUAUCUAGAAAUCAUGUAAGUUAGCAUUAACAAAACACCUGCCUGUGUGUUUGUCCGAGUGCAGGGUGGCAAGGAGUGUGUGCACCUGCCUGGGUGAGGUGGUACCUAUGCAUGAGCACCUCUGCAAGUCUGUGCUUGCACACAGGCUGGUAGGCUUGUGUCUACCUGCUUAUCUACAUUGGAUGAUUCCAUGAAUCUAACUGCAGAUGGGACUGUGUAGGUGUCUGUAUAGAUAUUUUAGCAACUGUUGAAUAACUGCACACUACUUUCUGGACUGUGUUCUGUGAUUGCUGCUUGGCUGUCGAGCCAUCCGGUACCAUCUCCAGGCUCUCCCCAUCACUUCUCACCAGAAUUACCCUGGGAGAACCGGAUGGAGAAAAAAAUCAACUAGCCUGCACCAGGUGCAGGUUGUCCACGUGUUUGUAACAUGGGUUUUUUCAGUCUCUAAUCCUUGAUCAGAUAUGAACUUUCUAUUGUAAAUACACUAAAUGUUCUGAAUUAAAGUGAAUAUUUUUACCUCUG